CAAAAAACAGAAAACAACAACUAGAAGAGAAGCAAGGAAAAAGAGGAGUGCAAAUCACAAGGGCAAGUGUUGUCAUACAACGUGGCUAUUGUGGUGGUCCUGGCCAUAACAUAAAUGGCUGUUUGGACUGAAAGUUGGGACUUAAACCAAAGAAAAGAGAAAAAAAAUAGAGUUAGAGCAGAGCCAGAUGUGUCAUCUUCUGAUAAAGAAACUAUGGCCCUUACUCAGGAGAUUAAUCUUCAAACAGCUGGUGUGACAAACCAAGUCCCACCAUUGUAUGAGCCACAGAUAAUAGCUUCACUGACACAGGAGAGAGAGUCUAGGCUGGUACAAGAAGUUGUGCAAGGGCCCCUGCCUCAGAGUGCUUUCAUACAGGAGCAAUCCCUCUCACAGCCUCCAGUUCAACAUAGCACAACAACCAAAGGAGGAGAUGUUCACAGGAAAAGAGAAGUGAUAUCACUUGCCAGACUUAGGGCUGCAGCAAAGAGAAGGGAAAUAGCAGAUCAAGCCAAGUAUGAUGCAGCAAUGGCAAAAUUAAAGGAGGAGGAAGAGAAAAUUAAUUUAUCCGCUCAAAGGAGGAAAGAUGAACUACUUGCCAAGAAAAUGCUACCGAGGAGAGAAAGAAAGCUGUACUAGAAUAGAAAAGACUUGCUGCUGAAAUGAAGAAAAAAGAUAGUGAGGAAAAGAAAAGGAAGGCCCUAGAGGAAAAACUAGCCAUGGCAGACAAAAGAAGAGAAGCUAUGGAGGAAAAGAAAAGAAUAGCAGAAGAGGCAAAAAGAAAAAGAGCAGAAGAGAAGAGGAGGAUAGCUAAGGAGAAGAAGAGACUUUGUAGGACUGCAUAUGAUGCAAAGGAGGCAAUGUUCCUUAUAAAUCAAGAUGAAGAGUUGGAAAGAAGGCAAUUAUUUCUCCAAACACAGGAGGCAUCAAGACAGGAAGCUUGGAAGCACAACAGAAAUCAAGAGGAAGAAACAAGAGUUGAGGCAUGUUUGCAUGAGAGAAACAAGAAGGAAACCCAACAAACAAGAGAAGCAAUGGCAGAGGAACAUAUGAUGACUGCAUGUUAGUCCAAACCUACACAAAUGAAGAGAAGUGGAACUUCAAGUGCACCAACUUCAAGUAACAACAUGAGAGGAUUUAAAAAACCUAGAAAAGUGAACAUGUUUGAUGAACUAAGGUAGGACAGGAGACAUGCAGAUCAAGCUGGAGGAAAGUCGAUGGUUUUAUUUUGUGUUCUGCUUAUGAUCAGAUGUGACAU